AAAUACGCGUCUCUGAGAUCUGUCUGUAUUCCUAGACCUUCUUCUUCCUCAUCACGCUCUUCGAGGCCAUUGAAGAUCAUUAGCCUGAAUUGAACCAUGAAGUUCCAAGCCCUGAUAUUACAGCCCUUGUCACAAAGCCUGAGACUUCCUGGGUGGAGGAGGCAUGUUUCCGAAAGCUGCGUUUAAAAGAAAGGAAAGCAAAAGAAAGAAGAGGAUGACGACGUGGUUGAUGAGAAGUGGCAUUCCUACAGACUACAAGGGAAAGCGUAUAUUCAAGGCAUGAUGAACGGUGAGGCGAUUUGAGAGCAUAUCAUCAACCGGCCAAGAAAGAGAUGUAUGGAGAUUCGAUGAAGGUCUGGAGGCCUGACAGGCGAGUGUCAGAGCAAUCACGACCGACCGUUGGUGCGAUGCCAGGACUUACGUAUGCGCUCCUUCUCAGACAUGUUUUGGGAUAGGGCAGCUUCCUAGCCCGACAAUUACCCUCCUGCGGAGACACUGUCCACGACUAUUUUCUCAUGGAUCAUCGCAACUCAAUCUUAUACUCACCAUCGACAUUCCAUGUCCGAAAGUAUUUUCUCGAGCCUCAUCAGGUCCGAAAAGUUCGCAGCUAAACGCCACGCGCCAGCAUGGACACUACGUACCUCCACAGGCUUCGCUUAGGCCUUGUCCUGACCUCGGUCACGCUUCCAUACUUUUGCUCCUCCCUGGAUAGAGCAUUCAUCGGCACGGUGCUGCCGGACAUUACCGACCACUUCAAGUCUAUUUCGGACAUUGGUAUGUACCGGGCCGCAUAGGAAGCUUCUUUGAAAGGCUAACCGAACUUCGUUGCAUAUUACAAUGCUGUGGUGCAUGGACUUGCCGCUUUUCUGGGUCCGAUGCUCGCAGGAGCGCUGGCAACCAAGAACAAUCGGCGGUGGUGCUUUGCUGUCAAUGACUUGAUUGGUGUAUUGGGAAUUGGGAAUUAUUGGGGUGCUUGCGUUCUUCCAUACUGGGGAUACAAAACCAGGAUCCCCGGGACGGCUGGAACAACUUUCGAUGGUGGAUAUAUCGGACAUAUUCCACCGUUCCCUGGCGAUAUGAUGUUUUUCGACCUGGCUCUGUAUCUCGGGGAUCGGCACGGCCUGGUUUUCUUCUCGUGGCAUUUUCAACAUGAUGAGUACAUGUUUCGCGGCUAUGAGAUGCGCCAUGCUGUUGUUUGUUGUUGAAGACUUGGCGGUCUUCAGGUUGAGAGCAAAGAAUCGCACUCUCUCCGGCAGUCUCCAUGUGUUCUUCAUGUCUGGGGGUGUUGCAGUUUUGCAGUACUAUCGCUGGAACCAGGAAUGUCGAUUCUUCCAUUCACACUGGCAACUGCUUUCUCCUUUACAUGCUUUACUCGUGCGGUUGGUCAACAAGAAGGCACCCGUUAUCCAUUCGCGUCAUGCAUGUCGUGGUUACAGGGUUGUUUGGAAUUACGUUCACAACCAUGUUUGCGCCCUUGACCGCAGAAACACAGCGGAUUGCACCCCAGAUUGUCCUUGGUUUAGGCGCUGGGAUGGGCUCAUCUUUGGAUCCCAAUACCAUUUCACGGGCAAGCCUUGGUUCAGCAGAUUCGACGGAGGCAACAGUGGCGAUUAUGUUCUCUUCAUGGCCUCGGCGCAGCUAUAG